AUGGAUUCGAGAAGAAUGUCCCGACCCAGACAGAUUAAAUUUGAGGAAGGAUGGUCCAACAUUCAGAAAGGUAUUACCAAGCUGAUAAGGAUUCUAGAAGGAGAGCCUGAACCAACAUUUUAUUUUAGUGAAUGUUUUAAACUUUACACGAUUAUCUACGAUAUGUGUGUCCAGAGAUCCGAUUAUUCACAGCAGCUUUAUGAAAAGUAUCGUAAAGUAAUUGAAGAUUAUACUAUCCAAACGGUGUUGCCGUCUUUAAGGGAGAAGCAUGAUGAAGAUAUGCUAAGAGAGCUUGUUAAGAGGUGGAAUAACCAUAAAAUUAUGGUCAAAUGGUUAAGCAAGUUCUUCGUUUAUAUUGACCGUCACUUGGUUCGUCGGAGUAAGAUUCCAAUUCCAUCACUAGAUGAAGUUGGAUUGACAUGCUUUCUUGACCUGGUUUAUUGUGAGAUGCAGUCCACGGCCAAAGAAGUUGUAAUAGCACUUAUUCAUAAAGAACGUGAGGGCGAACAGAUAGAUAGGGCACUAGUGAAGAACGUAUUAGAUAUCUAUGUGGAGAAUGGGAUGGGAACCUUGGAAAAAUAUGAAGAGGAUUUUGAAAGCUUCAUGCUUCAAGAUACUGCUUCUUACUAUUCUCGCAAGGCGUCAAGGUGGACCGAGGAGGAUUCUUGUCCUGAUUACAUGAUAAAGGUUGAGGAGUGUCUAAAGAUGGAGAGGGAGAGAGUCACUCACUAUCUCCAUUCAAUUACCGAACCCAAACUAGUUGAGAAAAUACAAAACGAAUUGUUGGUUAUGGUUACAAAAAACCGCCUAGAAAAUGAGCACUCAGGGUUUAGUGCAUUGCUAAGAGAUGACAAGAAGAAUGAUCUCUCUAGGAUAUACCGUCUUUAUCUUCCAAUCCCUAAGAGGUUGGGACGUGUUGCAGACUUAUUCAAGAAGCAUAUUACUGAAGAGGGAAAUGCCCUUAUCAAACAAGCUGACGACAAAACUACUAAUCAACUACUAAUUGAGCUACACAAUAAGUUCAUUGUCUAUGUCAUCGAGUGUUUUCAAAACCACACCCUCUUCCAUAAGGCAUUGGAAGAGGCAUUUGAAACCUUAAGAAGUCAAGGAGGAAGUGAGUAGCUUUUUCAGUGAUGAAGUAAGAAAGAUACGCUUAAUUGAUGAAAGCAUAUUUGUUUUUUUUUUCGUAUUGUCAAAGAUUUGGGUGAAUUAUAAUGAAUGAUUUUCCUAUUUUU